AUGGAUCACCAAAAAUUAUAUCCAGCCGCGGCCGCCGCGCGCCCCGCCAGGCCCGGAGCGGCCGCGCCGGGCGCCGUCCGCGACCCCAAGGAGGGCUACGACUUCCUCUUCAAGCUGGUGCUGAUCGGCGACGCCAGCGUGGGCAAGACCUGCCUGGUGCAGCGCUUCAAGACCGGGGCCUUCUCGCUCCAAGGAACACACAAAGCCAGCAGGACACAACACAACACGUGUCCCUGCGGCGAGGAUGCGGCCGGGCAGCGGCAUGAGCGGAUCCUCCCUCAGGCAGCGGCUGAGGGCUCGCCAGCCCGCCGGGACCGCCACCGCGUGCUGCCCACACGGGACGGCCGGGGCCGCCACGCGGGCACCUGCGGCUGGUACCGCGUGCCGGGACAGCGCCCGAGCCCCGCUCGAACACACAAAGCCAGCAGGACACAACACAACACGUGUCCCUGCGGCGAGGAUGCGGCCGGGCAGCGGCAUGAGCGGAUCCUCCCUCAGGCAGCGGCUGAGGGCUCGCCAGCCCGCCGGGACCGCCACCGCGUGCUGCCCACACGGGACGGCCGGGGCCGCCACGCGGGCACCUGCGGCUGGUACCGCGUGCCGGGACAGCGCCCGAGCCCCGCUCCUGCAGAUCUGGGACACGGCGGGCCAGGAGCUGUUCAGGGUGUCCCUGUGUGUCACUGUGUGUCCCUGUGUGUGCCUGUGUGCUGCUCUGACCCCACUGUGUCCCCUCAGCUGCAGAUCUGGGACACGGCGGGCCAGGAGCGGUUCAGGACCAUCACACAGUAUUACUACCGCGGCGUCAACGGGGCCAUCCUGGCCUACGACAUCACCAAGAGGGGCUCCUUCCUGUCCAUCCCUAGCUGGAUCGAGGAUGUCAGGAAGUAUGCUGGCUCCAACAUCGUGCAGUUACUGAUUGGAAACAAGUCUGACCUAAGUGACCUUAGAGAGGUUCAGCUGGAGGAAGCCCAGAGCCUGGCUGAGCACUAUGACAACAUCAUCUGUGCCAUAGAGACCUCGGCGAAGGACUCCAGCAACGUGGAGGAGGCCUUUGUGAAGGUGGCCACAGAGCUGAUGAUGAGGCAUGGAGGGCCCAUGUUCAGUGAGAACACUGACAGCAUCAAGCUUGACAGCAAGGACGUUGAGGAAGGCUGGAGGUGCUGUUGCUGAGAAGAGCUAGCUGAUAUCCCAAACUUUACUGGAAUUUAGAUGGUGCUUCACCCUAAUGCUGAGUAGCAUGGUAGCCAUAUUCUCCUCCUCCUCCUCCUGUGAAACCAGCAAUUUUAUAGAAGUUAGACACAAUCCUGUUUGCUUUCGUGUCUUAUUUUUAAAAAGGGACUUUGGAGAGGUGGUCCUAAAAGU